GGGGCGUGCACACGCGGUGCCGGGCGCACGUGUCCGUCCCGGGCCGCAGGCUCUGGCCGGCGGGCUAUGGGUGAAGUGAGGUCUUUUCAGACCCUGGGGUAAGGUGUGACGUUUCUGUGACCUCCGGAGUUCGGUGUGGGAGAGCGUGGCUUCCGGGGUCCCGAGAGCCGGUCUAGUGCAGGUCGCCGUGGCCGAGUCUGACGCGGCCUUCUCGAACCCUCGGACCGCCACACAGCUGGGUUUCGAGAGGAUCGGGACGAACCCAGCCCAACACACCGAAGGGCGUGGGGGAGCCGGCGGGGCGGGGACCGUCGCCAUCCCGGGCGGGGGCGCGCGGAAUCUGCGGGCCCGGAAGAACAGGCUGCGCCCUGCCGGAAGCGUUGCCCGCGAGGCGGAAGCGGAGGGAGCGGGCUGGUGCGGUGGGAGCCUGUUCUGUCAACGCGGAAGACCCUCGGUCCCGGACGGGGCGUGGCUGUGACGAGGUCUGUCAGGAAAAGGCCAAAAGAGCUGGGCCACUUACGGUGAGAUGCCGAUGCCGGGCCCAGUUAGACCCGAGUGGUCCACCUCAGGGGAGUGCACAUAUGUGACCGACGGGUGUGUGCCCUCAGCGUGCAACUUUUCAGACGGUAGUAUGUGACAGAGGAGAGUUUAGGCUGCGGAAAAAGAAACCACGAGCUCUGGCGUGUACAAUGCAUCCCAUCCAUUCUGUCCACUUGCACCUUAAUCUGAAGAUAUGGCCGUGUGUAUACGAGGAAAAGAACAACCUGGCUCUCAUGCGUUCACCUCUAGGUGCCCAGGACAGUAGGUUUUGAGGUUCUGAACAGAAACCAAGGACUCUGACUCUAAAAUACACUGAACAGUUUCUCUCUCUUCCUUCUUGAAGUUUAUUUUAAAGCCCUUAGCAAUGCAUAUGCAGCUUUCUUGAAGGAAGAAAAAUGUCUCAAAAGCAGAUGAAGGAAGCUUUUGUCAGUAACCUCAAUGGAACCAGCGUGCUGGAAGUGACCCAGGGCUUGUGCUUCCCUGCGUUCUGUAUCCUGUGCAGAGGCCUCUUGGUCAUUUUCUCACAGCACAUGUGCUCUUUCUCACACAGCUGGCGCACACGGUUCCUCAUGGACUUCGUUGUCCUUGUAGUCCCCUUGGUGAUCACUUUGACUGUGUUGUCUCCCUUUAUCCUACUCGAAAAUCUCACUGCAGUUGCCUGUGGGGCGUGGCUGUUAUAUCAGAUCUACCAGAGGAGAACUUGCUAUGCCAAAGUGCCUGUUCAGAAAGUUUUAGCAAACUUCUUGCAAAUCAGCCUAGAAUCAGAGUACAGUCCAGCUGUCACUUCUUACCGGGUCAUUAACAGCGUGUUUACUGCUAUUGCCAUUUUGGCUGUGGAUUUCCCACUGUUCCCUAGAAGAUUUGCCAAAACUGAGCUUUAUGGGACAGGGGCAAUGGAUUACGGAGUAGGUGGCUUUAUUUUUGGGGCUGCAAUGGUUUGUCCAGAGGUUAGAGGGAAACAUGUAGAAGGGUCCAGAUUUAAUUAUCUUAGAAAAUCACUGUAUUCUGUCUGGCCCUUAGUUGUCUUAGGAAUGGGACGGUUAGUCAUUAUAAAAUCCAUAGGCUAUCAGGAACAUUUAACUGAGUAUGGUGUUCACUGGAAUUUUUUCUUUACCAUCAUAGUUGUGAAAUUAGUAACAUCACUUCUUUUGAUUAUUUUUCCUUUAAAUAAGUCCUGGAUUGUGGCUGUCAGCAUUACUGUGUUAUACCAGCUAGCUCUUGACUUUACUCCACUCAAGAGGAUAAUUUUGUAUGGCACUGAUGGUAGUGGCACGAGAGUUGGUUUACUAAAUGCCAACCGAGAAGGAAUAAUUUCCACUUUGGGGUAUGUGACAAUACACAUGGCUGGCGUGCAAACAGGGUUGUAUGUGCUUAAGAACAGAACACACAUCAGAGAAUGGAUCAAAGUGACUUGUUGUAUUCUUUUAGUGGCUGUUAGCUUUUUCAUUUCUCUUUAUAUAAUUCAAGUGAAUGUAGAAGCCGUAUCUCGGAGAAUGGCCAAUUUAGCCUUUUGUGUGUGGGUGGUUGCUUCUAGCCUGAUGCUUCUUAGCUGUCUGUUACUGGGUGAUAUAAUUUUGAGUUUUGCCAAAUUUCUAAUUAAAGGGGCUCUAGUACCAUGUUCUUGGAAACUUAUACAGUUGCCUGCUACAAAUAAAAAACAUUCCAAAUCUCUAAUCCCAGAAGCUGGGAAAAAAGAGCCCAGUCUUUGUUUAAUCACAGCUCUGAACAGAAACCAGCUGCUUUUUUUCUUACUGUCAAAUGUAACAACUGGUCUCAUUAACCUGACAGUGGACACAUUGCACAGUGGUGCCUCCUGGACCUUAGUUGUGCUCAGUAUUUAUAUGUUUGCCAACUGCUUAGUUAUCUAUCUUCUUGAUUUACAAGGUAAAACCACAAAGUUUUGGUGAUGAAUUUGUAGGCUAUAUAUAUUUCAACAGCAUUAUUUUAGUGGAGGAGAAUAAAUGUGAAGGAAAUGUGCUCUCAGCAA